AUGGGUCGAAAUAUUGAUCGAAAGACAGUCGCACCGACAAUCAAGCACCUACUGAACGGAUUCGACGUGACAAUAUUUGCAUAUGGCGUGACUGGAACUGGCAAAACGCACACAAUGCGCGGUGGAAAGACGCUGGCAGACCGUGGUGUGAUCCCGCGGCUACUCAGCGGUAUUUAUAGACGGAGCAAGAAGAUCGAGAAGGACAGCGAGGGAGAAACAAAAGUCCAGGUGGCUUUGAGUUAUUAUGAAAUAUACAACGACAAGGUGUACGAUUUGUUUGAACCACCAGAGAAACGCACGAUGGCUGGUCUUCCCCUUCGCGACAAUGGCGGGAAGACUGUCGUCUGUGGGCUGAGCGAGAAGCCCUGUACAAGCUUGAAGGAGUUUGAGCAGCUUUAUGACCAGGCAAACACCAAUCGAUCUACCUCGGCCACUAAGCUCAACGCGCAUUCAUCCCGCUCACACGCCAUCCUGGGCGUCAAGGUCACAAUCACAUCACCUGAAAAGGUUCGCGUUAGCACAGCUUCCGCUAUCGAUCUCGCAGGUUCGGAAGACAACCGACGAACAGAGAACGACAAGGAGCGCAUGGUCGAAUCAGCUAGCAUCAACAAGAGUCUGUUCGUUCUGGCGCAGUGCGUUGAAGCUAUCAACAAGAAGCAACAUCGCAUCCCGUACCGCGAAUCCAAGAUGACGAGAAUCUUGUCCCUGGGACAGAACAACGGUCUGACGGUCAUGAUCCUGAACCUCGCACCUGUACGAUCUUACCAGCUUGACACAAUCAGUUCUCUGAAUGUCGCCAACCGGACGCGCAAGAUCGAGGUUCGCGAGGUAGAGAACGACCCAAUGUUCAAGGGCCCUGCGCGACCAGCCCCUCGGCCAUCUGUGGCAGGUGUCAGGCAACCUUUGCGGGCAUUGACGGCUUCUGUGAAUGUGAACAUGCCAGCACCUGCCAAGGAUCCCGCAGAAAAGGACGACUCAAAGCCGGUAAAGGCAUUCAGCGUUUACUCGGAUAAGCCACAAGCGAAGCUGACGAGUCAACUCCGCAAACCCGAAGCGCCAAAACGAAUCUCGAUGUCCAACAUCGGCUCGCACCUCCCCACAAAAGCAGCUCGCCAACCUCUAAGUGCCCAGCCUGUGUCUCACCACGCUGAUAUAUCGGCUGCCAAGAUUGAGGAGAUGGUUGAGAAGAAGGUUGAGGCCAUCAUGGCCCAGCGAGCCGUGAGCGAGCAAUCGAAGCAGUCUCAGAUCAAUGAGUUGAACGAGCAGCUUCAAAGGAGAUUGGAACAAUUAGAGCAGCGAAUCGAUGGCACGGAAGACGCACGUGCUGAAGGCCUCUCUUAUUUGCUGAUGGCAAAGCAGCAUCAGGCACGUGGCGAAGAUGGCUCAGCGCUGAGAAUGUACCAGCUUGCUGCUCCCCAUUUCCCCCAUAAUACAAAGCUGGCAAGCAAGAUUGCUACUCUGAAGGAGCGCAUUCAUGCCAAGGCUUGGGAGCAGAAUGCCACCUCCCCCAAGGGCAGACUUGGCAGUAUGCUUUCGCUCAAGAAAGAGCCAACAAAGACGCCCGGUAAGCGCCAGGCUCAGCAUUUAGAUGAUGAUCCAAUGGAUCAAACUUGUGGUCUCUCAAGCGACGAGGAAAUGCCUCGCCGCCAGCACAAGAAGCGUGCAUCCGCCAAGCUUUCCCAGAUUGAGGAGGACCUCGAACUCCUCGAUAGCGAGGACCCAACCGUCUCUCCUCGCACCCUACACCUCUUAUCUAUCAUCAACUCACGCGACGUUAGCCAAAUCAAGUUGCUCAAGGGAGUUGGUGCCAAGAAGGCGGAGGCACUUGUUGACUGCCUCUGUGAGAUGGAUCAAACAUCGGAUGCCGACAGUGGAGCUAUUUCAGAGCCCCAGUACCAGGUUAACACCCUGGCACAACUCAGCCAACUGAAGGGGGUUGGAGUGAAGACGGUGGAGAACAUGAGACAGGGAGUUUUGGCUUGA